CGUGCUGUUUCCUCUUCCGCACCUUUGCCGACGCUAGCAUGGUAGCACGUUGUUGCUAAAUACACAGUUCAAAGUACACUUGUGUUUUGUGAAACCUUCCUCUCUGUUCGAGGAUGUUUUCAUCUGUCUGGAGUUUCAUCAAACGCCACAAGAGGAAGUUUAUUGCCACCGGGGCUGUAGUGGGAGGCGUGUACUUCCUGGGUAAAUAUGCCCAGAAGAAGAUCGGUGAGUUCCAGGAGAAGGAGGCGUCAGAGUACAUCUCUCAGGCCAGACGGCAGUUCCACUUCGAAAGCAACCAGAGGACCUGCAACAUGACCGUGCUGUCCAUGCUCCCUCCUCUGAAAGAAGCCAUCGUCAAUCAACUGAACUCAGAGAGCCUCACUGCACUACUCAAGGCCAGACCAGCCAACAAGCUGGAAAUCUGGGAAGAUUUAAAGAUCGUCAGUUUCACCCGCACCAUCGUGGCGGUGUACAGCACCUGCAUGCUGGUGGUUCUACUGAGAGUCCAGUUGAACAUCAUAGGAGGAUACCUGUACCUGGACAACUCUGUGGGCAAGAACACGACGUCUCCUUUGGCUCCUCCAGACGUCCAGCAGCAGUACCUGUCCAGUAUCCAACACCUACUGGGAGACGGUUUGACAGAGUUGAUGACAGUAGUGAAGAAAGCAGUACAGAACUCUCUGGGAGGCGUGUCCCUGAAGCAGAGUCUGUCUCUGCUGGAGCUGGAGCAGCAGCUGAGCUGGAUCCGGGCGGAGGUGGAGGCCGGCUCGGAGCGGCCGAUGUCCUGGUACAUGUUGGCCGACGACGAGAACGCACUCGCCGACCAGGCAUGUGGGCUGACAGAAAACGAUAUUGUGACCAUCAGACUGUUGAACGAGACCAGAGACAUGUUGGACAGUCCGGACUUCACCACUAUCCUCAACGUCAGCUUGAACCGCGGCUUCUCUCGUCUUCUCGACAACCUGGCCGAGUUCUUCCGCCCGCCUCCCGGUGACUCCGCCCCCAGCUUUUCACCUGAUAGUCUGUCUGCAGUCAGUCUGCCGCUGGCUAAGAUCAUCCCCAUCGUCAACGGUCAGAUCAACUACAUCUGCAGUGAGACUCCCAGUCACUUCGUCCAGGACUUGCUGAUGAACGACCAGGUGAAGGAGUUUGCGGCCAACGUCUAUGAGAUGUUCAGCGCUCCACAGGAGCUGCAGAAAUAAUCAACCAUCGUCAAGAGAAGAGGAAAAAGAAGAAGAAGAAGAAGCUGGAGGAAAAUCCAAGAGGAAGAAAUGAGGGAUGAAAAAUGGAAAUGAUAAAAGCCCUGAACUGUUCAUCCCUCCUUCCUUUCUGUGAGACACUUUUCUCCUCUGAUCUGAGUUUUGUCUCUGUGACGACAGAAACGUCCAAAACGAGAGGCAGCGGAGUCUCCGUGUCAUGAAGGACUCGUUAUGGAUUAAUGAACUGACGGAGGAACAAGAGUUGCACUGUAGUCACAGCAGAGCCUGUGGAUAACCUUCGCACCACUGCAUCUUGGGAAUUGGAGUUUUAUUUAACCCGGUGGUUUUAUAUUCCCUAAGAGGUGGGAAACACGUUGAAAAUGUCAAAGUGUGGUGAAGGAUCGGCCAUCGUUCUCCAGGUCUUCAAACAAGGUGGAACGUCAGUUUAUUAUGUUGAUGUGACGGAUUUUAAGGUUUCAUUUUCCUCGUUUCUAUCAGCAGUCAGAGUUUCUUUAAGGCUGUUCAUGUUUCCAGCUGUUUGCUCUGCACCCUGACUCUGUUUGUCAUCAGAAGGGUUUCCUUUUCUCCUUGUUUUCUUUUCUUUCACAACUAAAUUCACAAUUUGUGUGCUGAUGCAAACACAAAGGGUGUUUUUUUUGUGCUUAGAUUCAGUGUUUUUAAAUUAGAUAUAUAAAUAAAUAUUUUGCAUUUUUCUUGUCAUGAUAAAGAAAAUCUGCAGAUUGUAGUAAUUUGGGGAUAGAACAAAUUUUAAAAACACUAUUAAAGAGUGAGAAGCUGAUCAAAAUGUCGUAGUGGCAUUGAUUGAUUCUAAAUGAAAUAUUUAGUCAAAAUGGAAACUUAUCAGAUGUGAAUGACUGUCAGGGAUGUAAAGUUGUUAUUUUUUCAUCCUUUGAUGCAGUCUAGAAUGAGACAAGAAGAGGUAACAGUGUUCUAAUCCUUAUCUGUGUUUUGGAGAAUAUUUUAGUUCCUUUUAUGCCCAGAAGGUGUCGCUGUUCUUCAGCUGGUGCGAGAGUCUCUCUGCAUCGUCCUCCUUUGAGUUUACAUGAAGGGCUUCAUUCCAUAAAAUAUUUUCUCCUGUUUUUAAGUUAAAUCACAUUUUACAUAUUUGUGAUUCUGUCCUUGACAGAGUUGGUACUACAUCCUGGUUUACAUCCUGCAAUGGUUCAUAAUGGCCACAAUACUUUUGUAUUUGUCUCACAAAUUGGAGAUAAUAUUGUUCUGGAAUGAAAUCCUUCAAUAUGUUGAUCAGUGUUUCCUCCACUUCUUUUAAUUUUAAUAUUUUCCCCACUGGAUUUGUAUGGAUGUGAUUUCUUUAAAAACUGAAAUGAUUCUACAGUCUAAAAAUAACAAGACUGUUAUCCAACGCCGGAAUAUCUUGAAACACAUUGUUAAUGGUGGAAAACCGGUCGACUCUCAGCGCUGCAUCAUUUCCAUCUCUUCUCACCUCUGAUUGGUUCCUCACAUCAGGUGUGUUCAGCUAAACGAGAGCUCGUUAACACACCUGAUCAAACUAAUCCUGUGGCGGUGGAGAACGUGCAGCAACUUCAAACACUACUGAAAUGAACUUUCAGCUUUUUACUUGUAUUACAGAAAGCGGUUAAACCCUUCUGAGCAUUACUUUAUUUCUCCUAUUUUCAAAUACUGCCACACAGGUGGAGGUUAAGGGAAAGUUUGUUUUUCCUGCAACUGACAUGGUACAUGGAGAAUUGAUCCUACAGGUUUUAUUCAGCUCAUUCUGGAUCUGUUUUUAGUUGAUGAGUUCAGUUCUGGUGCUAGAAAGGGAAAAAAACAACUCUUAAAGUCCAGAGAUAAGUGAAUAAAGAAAAAUGAAAGUUAUGAAAUGCAUGCACCAGAUUAUGGAGAUAACGCUGAGCUUCCUCCACGUUCACCUGUCAGAGGAGAAAAGCUCCACGGAUUCUAACUGUUUAACAUGAAAACACAGUCAGAAUGUAAAUCUGUACGUAACCGACGAUGUUAUGCCUUUUUGAAGCGUAAUAUCCUGAAUGAAAGCUAACGUGUAUGUUUGUAGAAAUUUAUUA